CACUGAAGCGUCCGUCCGUCUUCCAAAAUCGGGAUUCGGGGGAUGUGAAAAAUGAAAAAGCGAUUUUUGUCAAAAAUGGCUACCUUUCGUGGUGUCCGGGAAGUGUUUUUGCGCCGAUAAAAUAAUAAUGAUUCAUUGUACGUUGUUGUAUCAGUGAGAAUAUGCUGUUUAUAAGUGAACUAUUGUGGUGUGAUGUGCUUUAGUGCGUUUACAUAGUUAAUACAAAGGAUAAUUGCUUCCAAAAUGAGCGAGCAAUCAAUAAGCAGCGCGCGCGCCUCGGUCAUGGUGUACGACGACGGGCAGAAGCGCUGGGUCCCAUCAGGCACCUCGUGCGGGCUGUCCAAGGUGCACAUCUACCAUCACACGCAACACAACACCUUCCGCGUCGUCGGACGGAAGCUCAACGACCACGAGGUAGUAAUAAACUGCGGCAUCGUCCGCGGCCUCAAGUACAACCAGGCGACGGCCACGUUCCACCAGUGGCGGGACGCGCGCCACGUGUACGGACUCAACUUCUCGUGCCGCGAGGACGCCGACAGCUUCGCGCGCGCCAUGAUGCACACGCUCGAGGUACUAGCGAACAAGCAGCCGGGCACGCCGGCGCCGCCGCCCGCGCCCGCGCCCUACAACGGACACAACAACCAGCACACGACCUAUGAUGAGGAUAUGGGGUACAGAACAAUGACGCGAGAGGACGCGGCCAUCCUUCAACAACCGCAAUACCACGCGCCGCAACACCAGCCGCAGCCGCAGUACCACGCGCCCAGCCAGUACCACGCGCCGCACACACACCACCAGGUGCAACAGCCGACCCCGCCGCCCGCGCCGACGCCCCCCGCGCCGCCCCCGCACGGUCUCCACAAUACGCUGCCUCAUCAGCCGCCGGCUUCGGGGCAUCAUCGCACUUCUAGCGCCCCGAUGCCCCCCAACAUGAGCCUGGCUCCCCCCGCGCCCCCCGCGCCGCCGCCCGUGCCGCCGCACCAGAACCUGCCGCCUACCAACAAUGGUCCCCUGGCCCCGCCCACGCCGCCGGCCGCGCCGCAACCACCACCCAUGCCGCAACAACCAGUAGCACCGCCGGCGCCGCCGCCCGCCCCGGCCGCGCCCCCCGCGCCGCCGCCGCCCCCCGCGCCCCCCGCCCUCACCGCGCAGCUGCAGCAGGUCACUCUAAGGAGUACCAAGUGUGCUAUACACUGCUAUGACAAGAUUCGGGGUUCCAAUAAGGCGAUAGUCGCCCGCCUCCCGCCCUCCGCGCCGCCGCCCCCCGCGCAGCUGCAGCAGGUCACUCUAAGGAGUACUAAGUCGCCAGCAGUGAGCAGCUCCAACGGCGCGGCGUCCCCCCCCUCCCCGCGCGGCGCGCCCCCCCUCCACCUCAUGCACGAGAUGGCGCGCACGCUCGCCCGCCGCCGCGCUCAUAUUGAUAAGAACGAGAAUAUGGAGUCGUCGACGGACAGCUCGCUGUCGAACACGCCCAUGAAGAGCUGGGAGCGCUCCGCCACGCUGCCGCACCGCCUCAACAACAACUGCAAUGGAAACGCGAGCGCCGAGUCGCAACAACAACAGACGCCGCAGUCGCCGCGCUCCGCCCGCAAGCGCUUCGGCUCCGCCAGCGAGGAGACCAUACUCAAGCAAGUGAACGGCUCAACAGAGGGCGCGCCCGGCGCUUGCGAGUGGGAGGCGUUCAAGCAGGAGCUGCUCAGAGAGGUGAAGACACAGAUACAGCAGAUGAAGCGGGAGAUCGUGGACGCCAUGAAGGCCGAGUUGGCGCGCAGGUAAAGGCGUAGGCCUCCCAAUACUAGUCCCGGCCGCCGCCAGAUGAAUCCUCUACCUUACUGCACCGCUAUAAGGUUCAUUUUACAACGAAUGUGAAACCUUGAAGUUACAACUUACGUAUGGACGUAGAAACAAAAUGAAAGGUGAAAGAGUUGUGUCUUUGGGCCUGUUUUAUGACUUUUUAUCAUCACUUUUUGCUUUUUGUAGGUUUUGUAUGACUGAUUUUUGGAGAUUCUCUUCAUUCAGAUC